ACGUAAAUAAUAAAUAAACCGUAAUAUAAUAGUAAUUAUUAAUAUUAAUAAAUAAUAAUAUUACGAUGUAACUUCCAAACGAUUCGUUCAUAUUUUUCAUCUUCAUAACUUCGAAUAACACAGUUUGUUCUACGUAUUCACUCUGUUCAGUAUUCCUAGUGUUGUUGUGACCGUUUUUUUCCCGUAAAAUAGUAAACUUACUAUUUAGCCAAAAUAGAAGAAAUGGUAACUUAGUAACAACUGUACUUACGUCAACAGCGAAUGGAUAAAUGAAAAAAACUAAAAACUGGCAUACCAGAUACGACAUGUUGCAAUGAAAACGUGGUGUGAAAAUGUUUGGUAUCGCGAUUGCUGUCUUGGUGGCGGUAACAUUUGUUUUAUUUACCGUGUUCAAGAAUAGCUCCGUAGACAAACUCCGACAAGAAACCAACUCGAAUUUCAAAAAGAUCCAAAAACGCUACUUGCUCAUAUACUGUUUGGCGGCGUUCUCCGACUGGUUACAGGGGCCGUAUGUCUACAGUUUAUACAAACAUUUUGGUUACAAUGAAGGGCAAAUAGCAAUAUUGUUUAUUACCGGUACACUGUCGAGCAGCUUGUUUGGAACAAUAACCGGCGCUUUGGCCGACAUCUAUGGGCGCAAAUCACUCUGCACUUGGUACGGAAUAUUGUAUACGGGAUGUUGUGUCACCAAAAUAUUUGGCAACUAUCAGCUGUUGAUCCUCGGACGGAUUCUAGGUGGCUUAAGCACAUCAAUAUUAUUUUCGGCGUUCGAAUCGUGGUACAUCAACGAGCACAUAAACCACUACAAACUACCCAACGAAUGGUUAAAUAUCACUUUUGCCACAACGACGUUUUGUAACGCAACACUCGCCAUAUUGGCCGGUCUCAUCUCGUACGUUCUAGUUACUGUUUUAGAGUUUGGGCCCGUCGCACCAUUUAUAAUGGCCAUUCCAUUUCUGUUGACUACAAGUUUACUGGUGAGAGUAUUUCUACACGAACAUUACAAGCACAAUACAAAAUCGGCUUCGGCAUCGCUAAAACAGGCUGUCGUGCUUUGGCUAGGUAAUAAGCACAUUUUUACUCUGAGCAUGGUCCAGUCGUUGUACGAAGGUGUCAUGUACUUGUUCAUUUUUUUUUGGACGCCCGCUUUGGAUUCUAUAAAACCACCUUUAGGACUUGUGUUCUCAAGUUUUAUGUUAGCCUUGAUGAUUGGCUCAAAGUUGUACUCGUUGAUUAUUGAACACCGGUUGUUGGAACCAAACGGGCUGUUGGUAUUGUCCACACUUUUGGCGACAGUAUCGUUUUUAAUAUGCGCAUUGGCCAUGUCCAAUGUGUUUGUUCACCAUGCGUCAAAUUCAGUCAAAGUAUGCUAUUUAUUGUUUUUAUUAUUCGAAAUAUCCAUCGGUAUGUACUACCCGUCAAUGACUUAUUUAAAAAGUCAGGUGAUCCCUGAAAAGGUCAGAGUUACCAUAUCGAAUGUUAUAAAAAUACCGAGUAAUUUGUUUACUUGUUUAGCUCUGUUAUGGAUUCGAGACAACCAACAGAGCAUAAGAACCGAUUUCUAUAUUAUUUUUACAGUUUACUUGAUUUGCUUCAUUGCCACUUUUGUCACGUUUGUAAGCUCCAAAAUAUUUUCAGUCCUGUACCGCAAAACGUAUUUAGAAUUCGAAAAACGUGACGAAUUAGAGAUAUAAAGACUAAUAAAUUGGUAGCCUAUUAUAAUUUUGAGUUAUUUUUUAUUUAUUGACAAUCGUUAUUAUGUUAUAAUAGCUACUAAUAGACUAUAUAUAUUAGGGCGGUUCUUAAAUGAAACAUAGCGUUGGAAGGCCGUUAUUCGGUUAUACUUUUCUUUGCAUCAGAUUAUACUAGUAAUAAGCUUUAUUUAGAAUUUGUGAAAAAAUUUAUACUUUUUUAUUUAAUUAUAAAUUUGACGUUCAAACUGGGAGACUGAGGUAAUAAAAUAAAAGUCUAAAAAAAUUAAGGAAAUAUUUUUGGAGUUGAUUGAUAGUUAUCCAAUAUGGAAUUAACCAAUAUAAAUACUACCCUAAAAUAUAUUUAUUAUUUAUGUAUAUAAAUUUAGUAAAAUCUAAAUUAUCUAAAUUCCUAGCUAAAAACUGUAUACUUUAAUUUUUAAUGAUUUUACAGAUUAUAUUUUUAAGUAAUACAUACAAUUUUAUAUUUAAAAAAAAUGAAAAUCUCAAAACCGUUCAAUAUUAUCAUAAAUAAUCGUAAAUCAUAGAAAAAUAACAUAAAUGUUUAGGCUAUUUUAAAGAAAACCAAAAAAGUUAUUAAACAUGUUUUAGUUUAAAUUGAACAAUUUUACACCCCAUUUGGUGUUUACAAAUUUUUGUUCAAUUUGUUUACAUAAAUUACUCCGCCUGAUUACAACAUAUCCCAUUAUAAGUUUCAAAAUAUUUUUAUUAAUUAGCUUUUGUUAUGAUCAAGGGUAACAAUUAUAAUAAUUUAUACAAAUAACUAUAUAUUUUUUUAGCGGGUAACUAAUUUCAGUUACCAGAUUGUACCAAGUGAUGAACUAAUUUGGGAUUCAACUUGAUAUUAUUUAUUUUAUUUUUUUUUUGCAAAUAUGAUAUUUUAACGUUAUGUAAUAGUUUUUAAAUAAUUGUGUAGUUAAAAUUAUUUAUUUU